CUAAGUCUUAUUUAGAGACACAGUUAUACUCUCUGAGGCCUGAGCGUUGUCUGUCUUACAGCCUUGAACAUACGCUGUUCAAUGAUGGGAUUAUUGGCCGCUUUAGUGAUUGCUACCGUUACUCUGGUAUUAGCUGAAUUGCCAGAGAACGCCAACGAUUACUUCUUACUCCAGCUGCAUCGGGAUCUUGUUACCAUGAGAAUGCAAUUUUCUCAAAUGGAACAGAAGUUCAACAAAAGCCAAGCCACGGUUAAGUCUCUAGAAGCUGAAGUAAGGCGUUUGAAAAUGACGAAGACGAGACAUCAGAAAGUGUCCCAAGGUACCUGUUCAUUCUGCAAAACUCAGCUGGAAAAUUUAGAAGCUGGACUUCUUAUGGAGAAGUGGAGGUUUUCACGAGUGGACAAGGCUGUGGAGAAGAUAAAAAAUCGCUUGGGAACAGUAACACAACUGGCCAAGGAUGUGGAUUUCAUCCAAAAUCGUCUCCAGACGAUGACUCAACUGGACCAGACUGUAGAAUCGAUCCAAGAUCGUGUUCAGGAACUCACUCAGUGGACCGAGACUGUCGAAUCCACCCAAGAUGAAGUUCAAAUUUACAAAACACGUCUAGAGGAGAUAAAACGCGCACAACAGACACGCUGGUAUGUUCGUGGAGGUCGUGUGAACAAAGAUGACGCUGUAUCCCGCGCUGACUGCUCACCGGGAUCCGUUGUGGAAUGUAAAUGUAGCAACGAAUCAAAAGCGUGUGACGGUGUUGAAGUUCAAGGACGGAAAUGCCUUGCUGCAAAAAGUGGUGAUGGAUAUUACCGUUCUGGAAUAUGGGCCAGGGCGACAUGUGAGGAAAGUGGACGCUAUCAAGUUAUCAGGUCACCGGUUAAUGGCUUUAACGGAAACCCCCUGGCUAAGUGCCCUCCAGGUACCCAGGUGACCAGGUGCUGGCUUCGUAACUGGUGGAUGCAUGAGAAAUACAUAGGCACAAUUAAAGAUAGUGCUAAUAAUACCUGCAAACCAGAGCCCGGCUGUGAAAAACGGAAAACUUGCAUUAUUCAUGCAUUGUGUAAGACGAAAUAAAGGCAUGUAGGUCUAACUG